GGCGGUGGCAGUGGUGAGGUUUUACACUGAGGACACAGAGAUGUGUUUAAAACGCUCGUUUUGAGCUGUUGUUGAGUGAAACACACUUAAAUCGUGCGGAAUAAAUUCUGACAAGCGUUCAGGUGGUGCCAGAUUCCUGUGGCUUCUGUUCUGUGAAUAUAGUGAGAAGAUGAAGAAAUAACUUCAAAAGCCAAGUCUCUUAUUCACUUCAUUUCACGUGGGUCCAUAAAUCUGCUUCAUAGUCCGGAUGGAUUCCUAUCAUUUCCACUUCGAGAGAAUGAGUAAUCUUGACCUGCACCCUCUAAGCCUUCCAGUCAGUCGUCUUUCACCAGCAAAGUCCAGUGGCAGUAUUGAUCAGUACACCCACCACCACAGCAAAGGGGACUCUGCCUAUAGCUCAUUCUCUGGCGGGUCUACAGUCCCUGAUUACCCCUCUCCCUUUCUACUGGAUGAUCUACAGUCAAACAGCUUGCAUUACACUGAUUUGAAAUAUGCAAAAGCUAAAUACAGCCCAACCUUUCUUGAUUCGGAUUCGAAGAGCAUGGACCACCUUUACCGUUCCAUGGAAGCCAUCGCGCAACAAAGUUCAGCAGUUCCUACAAAUUCCUUACCACCCCCACCACCUCCUGCCCGUCUGGACAGCUUUGAAACAACCAAGAACCUUGAAAAUUCAAGGGCACGCCAGAGUCCUGAAGGACAGCUUGCUGACGUUUCUACUUCUCAGCAGUCUAGAAAUGUGGAGCUCUGUGGUGUCCAGACUGAGCCUAUCUAUGGUUGUGGGUUUUCACAGCAUUUUCAGAGAGAUCAACCCAACCAAGGCCUUGUGGAUAAGACGGUUGAGCCACAAAAACCGAAUCGCCUGCCGCUACAAAUCUGUCAGCCAGAGCAUGUGCAGCAGUCUAGAAGUGGUCAUUCCGAAACUCACCGGAAAAGGUCAUAUUCAGCUUAUGGUCGCCCCUCUUUUGAGCAGCAAUGCUAUGUCAGCUCCUGCCAUAUGCCACAGAAAUCCACCAGUGGGAGUGUUCACCACAAAGGCCCAUUUUAUUUCGUUACUGGUGUCUUCACGUCUCCUGAGUCUGGUGUCACGCAAGGGGACAGUGCAAGCAUAGCAGACUCCAGUGAAUGGUCAUAUAUGGUUCAGCGUAGAAGACAAAGUUGUCCAGAUGGUCCGAGUGGAAGACUGUUUUUCCAAGAAGAACUCAAAUAUAGCAAUCAUAAUGACAUUGUGGAGCCUAAUAGCAAGGCAAUUAAUCCAUCCUAUAAGUCUAAACUGACCUCCCAAGGUGUGGAGGAGGUCAUCAUGAGCAAAGAAAUUGAAAGACAUCACUCCUCUAGCCAUCCUAUCUUCUACUGUGGUCCAGAAGAGAGUUCAGUUGGUAAUAUGAUGACUCCUGCUUUGAUUGAAGAACCCAAGACAAAUGAACAGAUGACAAGUAUUUUGAGACAGCCCCAAGUGGAUGUUCCAAAUGAGAAGAUCAGCAAGGAGACCACUCCACUUUUAUAUCACCUUACAGGAGCCAACAGGGCAUCAUGUACCAACAAGCUCAAAAACAAAAAUGACUGUGGGUUGGGGAGCAAAAUUCCAGAGUGUGACAAAGAUAAGCAGAAGGCAGGAAGAGAUGGGCAAAUCUCUCCUAGCAGUGAACAUCAACAGAGCGCAAUAUGUACAGAACAACCACCUGAUUUUCCAUACCUCUGUGGUACCUUAGAUGAUUCCUAUAAAAAGUAUUACAAAGAGAAACUGAAAGAUGCCCAAUCCAAGGUUUUGAGGGAGACUUCAUUUAAAAGGAGAGAUCUGCAACUGUCUUGGCCCCACAGAAUCAAGCAGCAGCCAGACAAAAAGCUUUCUGUUGUACCUACCAGUCCUCUAUCACAAAAUAUGCAGCCCAGCUUAGACAAGUUCACUCACCAACUACACAAGCAUCAACUUAUGGAAAAAGAAAACGUGAAGCAUGAACCUGACCUGAGUCAGGAGAUUGAGAAAAUAAUUGAAAAGGAAAAGCCACAGAAUAUUGCUCAGCCACAGGUUCCUCGGGUGGGGUGUCGGAAGCGUUUGACAGCGGAUCAGAAAAAGCUGUCUCACUCUGAGCCUGAGAAGCUACACCAGCUGGCAGAUGAACCCACUCACAUGACCUGCCGCUCUCUUGGAAAUGAAGGUGAAGGUCUUCUCUCAGAGGGUGAUCAUGGUCUAGUGGCUGCAAGGAAAAAGAUGUUCGAAACACGGGGACGUGCCAUGUCUGCCUCCAACUUCUCCAAAUCAUCUCUGAAGAACCUUCAGCAAAAAGCCUUGGCUGCAUACAUGGAGCGUAAAACUGGUCAAAAAGUUGCUGAGCCUCAGCAGCAUGUUCCGCAAGUUCCCAGUCACAGAAAUUCAACUGCAGGAAGACUGUUUGACUCUGGCUCUAGAUAUAAUUCAAGCAUCGCUGGCUCCAAGAAGCUCCACAGGCCUCUCUCUGCUGGUCGAAUUCUUGAUUCAGUGUCAAGUUCUGUUAAAUACGCUCAGUUCGUAAAUGCUCAGCCCCACAGCCACUCGAGGCAGUCCAGCUGGAGGGAGGAGUCCACUAAAGCAGGAAAGUCUUCCUCUGCAGAAAAUCUCUUGGACCAGCUGGAACAACUCGAGUUUUUCCGAGCUCGCAGCACCUCGACUCCUUAUCCUUUGCAGGUUCCAAAGUAUUCAGAUGAAUUUUCAACCAUUCGUAAUGAGGACAUUUCAAGUGCUCACAGUAAGGUAGAAGGAGAUACAGUAGUGUAUCACAGUCAUACGGUAUCGGAACCUGAUGACCGGCGGGCACGAAGGAUUGCUCCAAGAGGAAAAUCUAUGGAGGAACUUAGUGUCUCGAAGACCUCAAAGCCUGAAGUUCUCAGCAAAAGCUCAGAGCAGCUUGACCAACUGCAGAGAAAGCAGGCCGUGUCUGGUAAAGAUAAAAGAACAGUGUCAUUCCUUGCUGAAGGAACUCACACAGAGAAAUCGAAAUUCAGCUCUGGAGAACACACAAAUAACUCUCAGGCAGGCCCUGAGAGGCAGCACUUAACCAGUUCUGUAAAGCAUGUAUACCCCCAUGAGGAUAAAAUCCAAAUGGCACCAUACAGCGAUGGAUCUACAAAUGGAGAUGACACGGUUAUGUCUGUUCAUUCCACUGAAGCAGAUGAGAUCACUUUGGAAACUGGAAGCAAAGAGCAAAACACUUCUUGUCAGUAUGUCUCUAAUCAGGAUAUUUCCCUCAGUCAUGGAAUCACAGCAGUUCCCAAUCUAUGGACCUCCACACCUGAGAUAAAUGAGACAAGCAAUCGGCCAUCUUCUGAAACAACUGUUGUUGAACCCCAAAAUACACUUCCUACUCCAUGUAGUGAGAGAGAACCCACUCCAACAUUUCCUGACAUUCAGGAUGUAGAGUCGAGCCAGAUAUCUCCAGUCAACAGGGAACAAGACGGGAAUGAAAAGGAGGAGGAUGGACCUCUUGUGAUUGAAAACAAGGUGCCAGAAGGGAACGGUCCGAAGCAGAAACUAGAGUGGGAGGUGCUGGUUCAGGAGGUGGUUUCAGCUGACCAAUCAUUAGCUUGCACUCUUUAUCCUAUAGCCAAUCGAAAGACCGCGCUCAUGCUGAUGGAGCAGUUGUUGUCUGAGGAUACUCUUCUAAUGGAGGAACACUACAAGAAGAAACAGGAGCAGAAAGUUAAUCAUCCAGACAGCACUGAGACGCUUGCAGAAGACAAACCAUUGAAAUCUCCCUCAUAUCUGAACAAUGAAGCUGCUCCCACAAACCAAAAAGCCUGCAACACUGAAACAGAUGUCACAGAAAUAAAGAGAAAGCUAAUAGCACACAUAGAGGAGCGUUUGACAUCUCUGCAGGAAGUUCGCUCCACCAUUCGAGCCGAGGAAAAGGACAAUGGGAAACGAGGCGAUGCUAUAAAGACUCUUGUACGAGAGCGCUGUUUGCCAGCUGAGCUGGAGCGCUACAGACAGUUUAUUGGAGACCUGGAGCGGGUUAUCAGCCUGCUGCUCUGCCUGUCAGCCCGCCUGGCCCGCGUACAGAACGCCCUCAGCACUGUGGACGACACCAUGGACACUGAGGAGAAACAAUCAUUGGACAACCGCCACCGUCUGCUGUGCAAACAGAGGGAUGAUGCCAAAGACUUAAAGGACAACCUGGACCGCCGGGAGCGCGUGGUCUCCGCCUUCCUUUCCAAGCAGCUGACGGACACACAGCUCCAGGAGUACCGCCGUUUCGUCCAGACCAAGGCAUCCCUGCUCAUUCGUCUGAAGGACCUCGAUGAGAAGCAGCGUCUGGGAGAGGAACAGAUCGAGGCUUUACUGACCAGUAUACCUCGAUGAAAAGAGGUCCAGUUCCUCCUCAGACCUGCAGAAAUUCUGAAGUAGAGAUCCCCAGAUUCCCGUUGUAAAUCACAGGGUCAUGCUGGUUUAUUACAUGGGUCUGUAAUGCCUAAAGGUGCCUUUUAAGCAUGAGCACGUGUUCUGCGGGGACGUUUCUCUGUUAUUUGUAGUUACGCUAUGCUGCAGAUUAUAUUAAGAGGACUUUCUAAACCUUUAAGAGAGCUUUAAGAGGCCAGGUAUGGUUUAUUGUGAGCUUAAAGUGGAUAAAUAUGCCCUUUCAGGUGUAUUUGUUUGUUUGUUACUUACAGAGCACUCUAAGACAAUGACCAAAAAGAAAGAAAAAGCACUUUCGAUACUAAACUGCACAUACUUAUUAGGAACAGUUCACACUAUUGUAAUCCUUACCCUGUGUUUAUUCAGGACUUGAUUGUUUUUAUGUGGCAUUUGAUUAUGUAACAUAGUGUAGCUUUUUAUCUGUCCAGUAAUUUCAUUUGACAGUAUCAUGUUGAAUAUAUUUAAUGAUAAAGUACUGAAUUUUAUUCUGUUCUUAACUUUCCUAUAAAGUUGCAUUUGGUGUUGAACCUUUUGAAUGACUGGGGUGUAUUGUACAUUUAUUUUAUUUAAGUGCCAUCAUACACUUGUGUACUGAGACUGUGACACAUCUUUGUCUGUUCUCUGGCAAAUGUUACAACAACUUGUGCUAUAAUGUUGAUUGUAGCUGAAAUGCAGAUGGAAUGUUCUCUUUACUGUGGUAAAAUGACUGUACUCCAUGUUCUCAGAUGGCUUUUUGCUCUUAUAAAGUGUCGGGCAAUAGCAAGCACUGGUGUUCAGUUAAUAGAUGCAUUUAUUAAUAUUCAAAUUUACCAAAUCAAAGUUUAUUUGCAAAGCUGUUUUCAAUAACUUGGUGCGUGAAUAACUACCAACCAAAAGUUUGUACCAUUAAAUGAAUCUUUUUUUCUAACUAUUUUUUUUUAAUACCUUUCAAAUCUUAGGAUAUAAAGGUUUAUGCCUACAUACCUGUAUUAAUUUCUUUACAACACAAAAAGUUCAAAAUGGAAUUGAAAUUUAUUUCAGUUUUAGACCUGAUAGAAUUAAAGGAACAACUAGUUGUAAUUUCCUUUUCUUCUUUAUAGUAUGCAUCCCAGAUGCUUUUUAAACCUUAAAGUUGGUGAGAGAGUGGUCUUUAUGCAUUACAGAGUUGUAAUGCAGGCAAAGGAUGACUACUUUAAAGAAGCUAAAAUAUAAGAGUUAUAAUUUGUUUUAAAGUUUUUCCUCUUUAUAAUGUCUAUGCUGCCAUGUGUGUCAAUACAGUUUUGAUGACAUAAGUAUACUAAAAAAUGUAAUAUAUUUAUAAUUAUGAAUGAGUAGGUGUCCAAACUUAUGAUAGUAUGGUAGUGAUACUUUGAUAACAUUUUACUUCAAACAUUGGCGGCUCUUAUCAUUUUUUAAAAGAUUUUAUUUAAUGUUGUUUCUUUUGCACAGUCGGAUUUUACAAUUCAUUCAGACUACAUGCUUGGCUAUAAAUGCAUUUAACUGUUUUUAAAAACCCAUAUAAUGGAGCUACUUAUUUUAUCAUCCUUUAUGUCUGUCUAUUACAAAUACAUGUUUUUGAUACAGUUUCACUUUCUGAAACCUCCCAGACCAGCUUCAAAAUGGUUUUAAAUGAUAUGAAUAGGUUAAGUUUGAAAAAUCAGCCUACCAAAAUUAGCAUGAAAAGAAACUUCGAACCCCUCCAGCUCCACAUUUUUUAAACGUUUCCGGGGGAAUAUAAUUUGUCUUGGCCUUUGUACGGAGUGCGGCCUCUUUUCAGGGUUAUGUGAGUUUUUUCUGUCAGAAGUCCAUGUUUAUAUGGCCUAAAAAUUCCUAAGUCAUGUGAAAGACCCAGUUAUCCACACAAACAGCUCCCAACAACAACACAGACAAACUAUUUCCUGUUGUGUAUAUACAGUAUACAAGUAUACCACCGUCGUUCCAUUUGAUCUGGCACUGAGCAGUCAGAUUGUGUUUCUUUAAGAACUGCUGAAUGUGGAUUGUAAAAGGGUUGGGACUGUAUGCUCUUUGAGACUCAUCCAUCAAACUCACUGUAAAUGAAAGCUUGAGUGUGCUGUGAAUGUUUAUGGUGAGUAUUGUGUGUCUGGACCAUGUUGUGUUGCUGCCCUCUAGUGGUUUUGCAGUGUAUACUUUGUCUUGGAUCUUUCCAAUUCAUUUGUUAUGUGGAUUGCAGAAUUUCUAUUACUUUUGUUAUAAUGUGAAUAAAGCAACUAAAUGA